AUGGAGCACGCUCAAGGCUUGGACGUAAGCUGGAUGACCCACGGAAAUCCAAAAGACAAAGUUGCGAGGAAUGCAACAGCACGGCCAAGAUCGCUCUCCAACUCGGUCAACGACACUCCGGCCCCGAGCCCCGCCCCCAAAUCUGCCCCGGCGCCCGCGGUCGAUAAUAGCAGUCAGCCAGAGCAGGAGAAACAGACGGCGCUGACUCGAUCCAACUCGGCGAGGACAGCCUCGGACGAGAAGCGACUGCCCUCCACACCCUCCCCCCAACGCCGAAACUCGUGGUUCUCCAACAUCUCGUCCAAAUUCUCGUCCGGGAGCGGCGGCGCCCAUCAGAGCCCUCCGCAGCCGAUCACCACAUCGCCGAAACCCGCCGAAUUCUCAGUGCCAAAGGUCACCCCAGCUAAGAACGCCGUCCUCCAACAUGGCUCGAGACCCGAGGGCGAGGCGCCGUACACACCCGCGCCACCGAAGUCGACACAGACUGGCCUGCUACACGUCUUCCGGCGCUUGUCCUCCUCCAACGGCACGCUGAACCCGAACGUAAAAACACACAACCACGGCCUCGUCGAACGGCGCGUCCUGAAUGUCGACCCACACAGGGAGCGCUGCGACAUCAAUGGCCUCAACCAGUCCAAGCUCCGGCGGGUGGCCUUCUGCGUCGAUGUGGAGAUUGCGCCCAUGCCCAGGUACGCCGACGAGACGGAAAGCAAGAAAGGAAGCAAGGGGGUGAACAAGGACCAGAAGAAGAAGAUAAAGGAAAGAGGGGAGGGCGAAGCGCUGAAGCAGCCCAAAACCAUCGAGGCGCAGAAAGAGGUAGACGGCGAGGUCAAGGCCACCGGUGAAGAAUUGCCCAAGGAGCCACCCAAAGAAGGCGUCGAGUCCAGCAGCCCGCCGAGACCAAGCAUAGACAACAUAUCCGAAAAGGCCACUUCAACCGACAAAAAGAAGGAGAAGAAGAAGAAGAACGAAGAGGAGAGGAAAGCCCGAAAAGAAAAACGCCGGAAACAAGCCGAGGUCAACGGCACGAUCCCCAUGGAGCUGCACUACGACAGCGACACCUCCUCGAGCGGCUCGACGCCGCGGCCCGGCACGCCCAGGACGCAGACGGUACCCACCACCAACCCGGUCCGGAUCUACCGCCGCUGCUGCCAGCUGCGGGAGACGCCCAUCCUGCGCAAGAUCACGGAGCAGCUCACGGACCCGGACAACUGCGCCGCCGAGCCCGGCAUGGUCGAGCGGCUGGACCUCGCCGGCUACUGGAUGCAGCUGACCGACCUCCUCACCCUCGGCGACUACCUCGCCGUCGUCCCCGUCCGCGAGGUCGUCCUCGACAACUGCGGCCUGACCGACGAAGGGCUGCGCGUCGUCCUGGCCGGCCUGCUCGCCGCGCGGCGGCCCACGGGCAGGCGCCGGAAGCCGCUUAAUAAUGGGGUCGAUGGGUUGGCCGAGCAGGGCGGCGUGGUGGAGCGGUUGGUGCUGAAGAAUAACAAGAUCGGCCCGGAGGGGUGGCGGCAUAUCUGCUUGUUUGUUUAUCUGUGCCGGACGCUCAAGAGCCUGGACCUGUCGGGGAUACAGUUCCCGCGACAGCCCGCGGCCGCGCCUGAGGCUGCUGUGAACGGGAGCCCCACGCCGGUGAGGCGCCAGCCGGAGACGCUGUGCCAGCUGUUGUCCAAGUCGCUAGGGGAGAGGCUCGGGGGCUCGACGCUCAAUCUGCUGGGUUUGGGUCAGACGGGUAUCAGCACGGAGCAGCUGGGGCUGAUUAUCGAUGGCCUCCUCCGCUGCGGCGUCAAGCGGCUGGGCCUUGCCAAUAAUGGCAUUGAUGCCGACGGUCUCGAGCAUGUCGCGAGAUUCCUGGAGACCGGCCGCUGCGAGGGUCUCGACUUGGGAGGGAACGAUCUGAGGGAUGGGCUCGCCACGCUGGCGGAUGCCCUGACGCCAGAGAACUGCCCCCUCUCAGCGCUGAGCCUGGCAGACUGCAACCUCACGCCGUCGGCGCUGUGCAAACUGCUGCCGACGCUGGUGAAGCUGGAGGAGUUCCGGUUCAUUGACCUGUCGCACAACCAGGAGCUGUUCGACUCCGACCCGAGCGCUGUGUGCGUGCUGAGAAGGUAUCUACCCAAGAUGGCGUGCCUUAAACGUAUCCAUCUGGUAGACUGUGCCAUGUCGCCGGAACAGGUCAUCGCGCUGACCGAGAUCCUCCCCGAGAUCAUCGGCCUCGCCCACGUCAGCUUCCUAGAGAACCCGCGGCUCGUCGAGCUCACAACGAACGCCAAGUCGGAGGAGACUCAGGAGGAGGCGUGUGCGCUGUUUGCGUCACUGCUCGCCGCUGCGAGGGUGUCCCCCAGCUUAGUGGCUGUCGAUAUCGAAGUCCCGAGCGAGCAGUCCAGCGACCUCGUCAAGGCUCUAGCCAAGCAGGUCGUGGCGUACUGCCUCCGCAACAUGGAGCUGGCGGCGGCGACGGCCGCCGAGGCGCAGGCCGAGGUGCUCGCCAAGCACGAACCCGAAUAUCCCGAUGCCCUACAGCGGCUAGUCGGGCACGACGUGACGGUGUCCACGGACAUCGACGCCGACGUGGACGCCGCGCCCGAUGAGGACUACGUGAUUGGCGGCACCGGCGUUGUCCGGGCGCUGACGUGCUGUCUCAAGAACCGUGGCGAUGAGUCGCGGCGCCAGUCGGGCGAGUUCAUCCGCGACGUCGAGAACGGCGUGGCUCAGCCUCCGCGUGCGAUACCAAGCAGCGGAAAGGCGAAGGAGACUUCUAAGCACUUGCUUAUGAGCGCCAGGAAGAUCCGCCUGCGCCUGCAGCCUGCCAUUGACAAGGCUAGGGCGACGGCGGAUGAUACACAGAAUUACCAACGCCUCAUGUUCCUCUCCAACACGCUCAACGGCAUCAUCAAGCGCUUCGAGGACGAAUUCCCGGACACGCGCGUGUCCAACCCCCCCGACAGCGCGACCGAAACCCCCGAAGAAGACAAACCGAGCCUCUCCCCGGGCUCAUCAUCCAUCCCCACCAUCGCCACCACCGCGCCCACCACCAACUCCCUGUCGGACGAAGACGAGCCCGACCCGGCCACGCCCACGGCCAUCAAAUCCCCCUGCCUCUCCCGCUCCAACUCGCUCCUCUCCCUCAGCUCGAAAGCGCUCGCCCACGAGGAGGGCCGGAUCCUGCGCGCGGGGCACACCUUCCGCGCGGGCGUCGUCGCCGACCACCCGGACCCGGCCCUGCGCUCCGAGCACUACGCCCUGCUGACGUCGGGGCUCGAGAUGGUCGGCAACGACCCCAACCACGCCCGUGUUCUGCAUGAUCUGUUGGAAGAGCUUGGUGAUGAGGAGCUGGAUAAGGAGGUGCGCGAGAAAGGGGUGGUGCCGGUUUUCACGGCGCGCAGGAAGGAGAUUUGGGAACGGUUGAGGGCCGCGGAUCCGGCGCAUUGGGAUCGCUUUGUGGAGAGUCAGGAGAUGGCGAGGGCGAAUGUUAAGGUGGAGGGGGUGGAGAGUGUUGAGAGGGGGGUUAAUGGGGGGGGUUGA